UGGGUCUAAAAGUAAUAAAUUACCCUUUAAAUUUAUAAUAUGACAUCCGCAAAGAAAACUUCCCUCUCUUCUCUACUUUCUGUCGCAAAACUUCGUGAAAGCUAAUUCCAUGUUUCCGUAAUUGUUAAUUUAUGAUAUUGUAAGUACCUGUGCGAUGUUUCUGAUGUCUCGAUGAUAAAUAUACACUGCGUUUAUGCAUUAUAAACUAUACAAGGCUAUCUUCUGUCAUACAAAGACAAUUAAAGGGAGACCUAGAAAGUUGUAAUUACAUGACGAACGAUCGACGGUUCAACCGAAAGAAGUUUAAAUUGCACAUGAUAUAUUAUGCACGUCAGUGUAUGGUGCUACUGGUAAAAAUGAUAAAUGGAUAAGCAGAUCAUCGAUGGAAUGACAAGGUGCAGUAUUAUCAAAUAUUUCAGACCGAUAGAACAUUCGCGAGCCUCUCUAUCGACGAAAAGCAUACCGUUGACUAUUAACAUAUCGUUUUAAGCGAUAGUAGACUAAUAGUAAAGAAUUUAUUAAAAAAUCAGAUAUUUUAUCAACUACAUAUUUUCGUUGCAGUUGACUCUUAAUUCGUUCCACGUGACAAAUGGAACAUCUGUAUUACAUUUUACGUAGCUAUAACGUAUUAAUUUAUCUAGGACAGUUUCGUAUUUGUAUUAUUGUAUAUUAUACGAAUUAGACGUAAAGAAAUCUUCCAUAAAUAAAAGGGAAAGAAAAUUUAUGGAAACAAACAUUUAUGAAGAAAAAUUCGUUCUAAUAACUCGUUAUUACGUCUGUUAGUCGUUGUUAUGACUGUACAGUGAUAAGAUGAAGUGAGAUAUACACGAGAACACAGCUCAGAGAACCCAUCUAUAAUUACAAAUUAAUUACGUAUCAUAUAUUCUUGUUCUUACUAUCGAAAAGAAUUAGUUAGCCAGCGGAAUGGAUUUUCGAGAUUUGAAUCCUUUUAACAUCUUUUUAAGCACGCUUUCGGCCAAUGUUUUGCCGAUGUCUAGUAGAGAAACGAAAUUACCCAUCUUUUUCAAAAUCUACUCGAUCAUCAUUUGGUUAAUAGAAGUGACAUAUUUUAUUGCUUGUGUUGUCGGAAUUUUGACCGUAUCGAGGGAAAAAGCAUUGAAGGAUGGAACGGUAAACCUUGUGAUCGCGAUAGAAGUGCUCGUGCUAAUGAUUUAUAUGCAUAAUCGUAAGAAUUUACUACGUGGAUUAAUUGGAAAAUUAAACCAUCUUAUCGAGGACAAUAAAAUACUUCGGAAUAUGAUAGUUAGCGCACUGGAACCAAUGGAAAAGCCGUUGAAAAUUUAUACGGUUGCUAGCGUUGGUUCGCUCGCUCUUUGGAUAUCAUUGCCGCUUAUCGAAGUUUUCCGGAAGAAUGAGUUCCGUUAUUCGGAUUAUCGAGUGCCAUUCGUUCUAUCCAAGGAACCUUUCCCACUCAACGUUUUCGUUGGCGGCGUCAUCUUCCAGAUCGUCGGCGGUACAUACACGCUAAUCAGAAAGAUUAGUUUAGAUAUCUACACAAUGUACAUCAUUCUGUUAACGACGGCUCAAUACAAGUAUCUUCGAAUGAAAUUUGCGACGAUAUUCGAACAGAAACCCGAAACUUUAAACGGUUCGUACAACGAUAUUACCCGGCAGAAUGUCUCCUUUAGGAACGAACGGAUGAUCCAGGAAAUGAGACUGUUGACCCGCCAUUACGAAACUGUAGUUGAGAUUGCUGUUAUGUUGAAGAAAUUGCUUUUUCUAAACGUCGGAGUUCAUUACAUAAACAACGUUUUCCGGUUCUGCUUUCUAAGUUUUAUGUUCGUAAUGAGUACUAAUAUGUUUUCCGAAAGAUGUUUAGUUAUAUUGUAUACAAUUGGUGCGCUGAUACAAUUUUAUAUAUUGUGCUAUUGUAUCCAAGAGCUACUCGACGCGAGCAACGCUGUAGCUGACGAUGUAAUAUAUGAAAAGUGGUAUUUGCACGACGUACCACUGCAACGUGCACUUCUUAUGGUAAUUUCUGCCAACAAACUAGAGUGCAAAUUAUCUAACUCUCGACACAUUGAUUUAACUUUGUCGUCAUUCAUGUCGAUCCUAAAUCAAGCGUAUUCCGUAUGCUUAUUGUUUCUUAAAUCAAGACCUGAUUAAAAUUGAAUAUUAUAACGUUAUGCAACGUAACAUAUCUUAAUCGUUAAUUGAUCUCUACGAUAUAAUUAAAUAUAGCAUCGUAAAUAAAGUAUUUAUUUAAUUACAAUGUAAUA